ACAAUGGGAAUUCAGACCAAAAGGAAAAAAUGACAGUCAUCUGACAGUGUGGUGCCCAGCCAACCAGCUAUACCUCUUUUGAAGGUUUUAAGAACUUAGCCUCCUGAACAGUCUUCUUCGAAAGUGAAAAGUGGUAACAGCUGAUGAGUAUCAAGAAAUUAUUUUCUGAAAAAGGGCAGAGUUAAUUGUAUCUGGAAUCCCUGACAGCACCUACUGGGGAAAGACUUCUAAGUGAGGAGAAACGGCUCUACAGGUCAUGAAACUAUGGAAAUGAGAUGGUUUUUGUCAAAGAUUCAGGAUGACUUUAGAGGUGGAAAAAUUAACCUAGAAAAAACUCAGAAGUUACUUGAAAAAUUAGAUAUUCGGUGCAGUUAUAUUCAUGUGAAACAGAUUUUUAAGGACAACGACAGGCUGAAACAAGGAAGAAUCACCAUAGAAGAAUUUAGAGCAAUUUAUCGAAUUAUCACGCACAGAGAAGAAAUUAUUGAGAUUUUCAACGCAUAUUCUGAAAACCGGAAAAUUCUUUUAGAAAAUAAUCUGAUUCAAUUUCUGACACAAGAACAAUAUAUAGCUGAGAUGAGUAAAGUUAUUGCUUUUGAGAUCAUUCAGAAAUAUGAGCCUAUUGAAGAAGUUAGGAAAGCACACCAAAUGUCAUUUGAAGGUUUUACAAGAUACAUGGAUUCACGUGAAUGUCUGCUGUUUAAAAAUGAAUGUACAAAAGUUUAUCAAGAUAUGACUCAUCCAUUAAAUGAUUAUUUUAUUUCAUCUUCACAUAACACGUAUUUGGUAUCUGAUCAAUUAGUGGGACCAAGUGACCUUUGGGGAUAUGUAAGUGCCCUUGUGAAAGGAUGCCGUUGUUUGGAGAUUGACUGCUGGGAUGGAGCACAAAAUGAACCUGUUGUAUAUCAUGGCUACACACUCACAAGCAAACUUCUGUUUAAAACUGUUAUCCAAGCUAUACACAAGUAUGCAUUCAUGACAUCUGACUACCCAGUGGUGCUCUCUUUAGAAAAUCACUGCUCCACUGCCCAACAAGAAGUAAUGGCAGACAAUUUGCAGGCUACUUUUGGAGAGUCCUUGCUUUCUGAUAUGCUUGAUGAUUUUCCUGAUACUCUACCAUCACCAGAGGCACUAAAAUUCAAAAUAUUAGUUAAAAAUAAGAAAAUAGGAACCUUAAAGGAAACCCGUGAAAGAAAAGGUUCUGAUAAGCGUGAAGACAAUCAAGACAAGGAAACAGGGGUGAAAAAGUUACCUGGAGUAAUACUUUUCAAGAAAAAGAAGACCAGAAAGCUAAAAAUUGCUCUGGCCUUAUCUGAUCUUGUCAUUUAUACUAAAGCUGAGAAGUUCAAAAGCUUUCAACAUUCAAGAUUAUAUCAGCAAUUUAAUGAAAAUAAUUCUAUUGGGGAGACACAAGCCCGAAAACUUUCAAAAUUGAGAGUCCAUGAGUUUAUUUUUCACACCAGGAAGUUCAUUACCAGAAUAUAUCCCAAAGCAACAAGAGCAGACUCUUCUAAUUUUAAUCCCCAAGAAUUUUGGAAUAUAGGUUGUCAAAUGGUGGCUUUAAAUUUCCAGACCCCUGGUCUGCCUAUGGAUCUGCAAAAUGGGAAAUUUUUGGAUAAUGGUGGUUCUGGGUAUAUUUUGAAACCCCAUUUCUUAAGAGAGAAUAAAUAUUACUUUAACCCAAGUAACAUAAAAGAGGGUAUGCCAAUUACACUUACAAUAAGGCUCAUCAGUGGUAUCCAGUUGCCUCUUACUCACUCAUCAUCUAACAAAGGUGAUUCAUUAGUAAUUAUAGAAGUUUUUGGUGUUCCAAAUGAUCAAAUGAAGCAGCAGACUCGUGUAAUCAAAAAAAACGCUUUUAGUCCAAGAUGGAAUGAAACAUUCACAUUUAUUAUUCAUGUCCCAGAAUUGGCAUUGAUACGUUUUGUUGUUGAAAGUCAAGGUUCAAUAGCAGGAAAUGAAUUUCUUGGGCAAUAUACUUUGCCACUUCUCUGCAUGAACAAAGGUUAUCGUCGUGUUCCUCUGUUCUCCAGAAUGGGUGAGAGCCUUGAGCCUGCUUCACUGUUUGUUUAUGUUUGGUACGUCAGAUAACAGCUAAUGAUAAAUGACACAUCAUUAGCUAUGCAUCGCAAUAAAACAGCCAAAAUGAA